AUGCCACUUAUCAACUGGUCGGAAGCAUCGCCCGGUGAGCUAACGGGCUUUACUGCGGACUUCCUCCGCGAAGAACUUGUCCGGCGUCAAUUAGACACAUCCGGGUCGAAAGAAGACCUCAUGAAUCGCCUUCUAACCAACAUCGCGCAAACAAGUGCUGCGUCACAGAGCAUGCAAGACGCACAACAGACUCUACCCGACUCAUCAGCCCCAACUUCUGCUGUACCUGGGUUGUCAGUUCCGGUGCAAGUGACUACUCUGCCUGAUCUAUCGGCCGCAGUUCCCGUUUUCGAUGAGACUAAAGGGAUCCUGGCCCGCGCAUGGAUCGAAGACUUGGAACGCAUUCGCAGCUUGGCAUCAUGGAGCGACGCUACGUUACGUCUUAUCGCCAUUGGGAAGCUUCGCGGCACUCCUAAAAACUGGCAUUUUGCAACCGGCGAUGCGCAUUCAACAUGGUCUACUUGGAAACAAGCCUUUCUACGACAGUUCGACGUGGACCUUUCGCUUAUUCAAUGGCAAACCAAGGUGGUGACUGUCGUACAAUUGAAGGACCAGACACUUUGCAACUAUGCGUUCGCAAAGCUUCGCUUUAUCAAGCGCUGCCCGCUUCAGCUCUCAGACGUACAACAAAUCGAGUACCUUCUACAAGGCUUAAAAGGUCAGAGCGUAGCAACGGCCAUCGCAGCCCAGCGGCCUUCGACAGUGGAAGAAUUUUUGAGCAUUUGCACAGACCUGGACAAAACUUUCGUUCAUAUGCAGAGUAUGCAUACUAAAGACCCUGUGGUGCCAUUGCCAACGCCAAUUCCACGAGAUCCUCACCAGCCUCCACCACCAGCAUCCCAACCUCAAAGCCUGGCUUCGCGUAACCGGGCUACCCCUCGAACAGCUGCUGAGAAAGAAGAACGCUACCAGGCUAUCACGAAUAAGUAUGGUGCACCUGCAUAUCGUCUUGGCCAAGACCUUACAGACGCUGCCUGUUACAAAUGCAAAGGAAAAGAGUCCACCACUGAAUCUCUUAUUUCGUGUAAUGUCAUUCAAGCACAAGUUGAAGACGUUGGCUCAGUAGUGGCCUUCCCCGAUAGUGGAUCAAAGCUCUCUAUCACCUCGGAGCCUCUCGUAUCACAUCUUCAACUUUCCCCAUGGACCCGAGCUCCGUUAGUCGUCGUCGGUGGAGAAAAAGUGUACCCAUCGGGACAGAUUGUGCUUCAGAUAUCGAUACAGGCUGUCAGCGCCCCUGUACACUGGGCAGUCCUUCCAAGGAAUGCUGUGCCCCUCAUCCUGGGUGAGGAUUGGUUGGCCACAGCCCAUAUGGAACUCCAUGUGAAGCCACCAUUCGCCACAGAACUUUACCAUCGCCCCACGGGAUUCACAAUAACUUGUGUUGAACACUUCCUUCCACUGUUUUCUCAUGCAGUGUUUGUGCACAACUCAGCUCUUGCACAAGCGCAAGCCGCAUUCCAGCAAGGUGGACUUCAGACCAAGCCAUUACUUCAUCAGGAGUUCCCAGCAUGGGCAGUCUUUGAAAGCCUUCCAGACCAGCCUGUACCUACAGAGAUGGAGACAACAUCCCAGUCAGCUCUGCACGUUAGCACAACACUUUUUGACCAGCAUUCACCGCAGCAGCCAUGCAUGCCUGACAAGCCACGGGUAGGCGUACAGCUUUCUUCAGUUGAGGCCCAGCAAGUGGAGGAUGUGCUCUUUCAGCAUGUCAAUUUGUUUGCCAAUGAUGACCAAGACCUGGGACUGUACACGGGUGUUCAACAUUCCAUUACUUUGCUACCUGAUGCUACGCCAUACAAGAGGCAGCCUUACCGCUAUACGGCAGCUGAUCGAGCGUUUCUGGAGGAACAAACACGUGUAUUGCUUGACAAGGGCAUAACUGCACCAGCCUCUGGCCCUUGGGCGUUCCCGGUUGUUGUCGUCUCACACGAACAGAAAAAGCGACUGUGCGUGAACUACGUGCCAUUAAACAAGCAGACCGUCAGUGACGCGCAACCUCUUCCCAGAAUUGAUGAUAUUAUUGAUGACAUCUCUGGCGCACGCACCUUUGCUUCCCUAGACCUCAAAUUUGCCUACUGGCAAAUUGCUCUCCGCCCGGAAGAUCAGAUAAAAACAUCAUUUGUCACGCACAAAGGUACUUAUCAGUGGACCCGUAUGCCUUUUGGCCUUAAGAAUGCGCCCUCAACCUUCCAGCGAGCCAUGAACACCAUUUUCAGCAAACUUCUAACAGGUCACCACAAAUGUGGUGUACGCGUGUAUCUCGACGAUGUUUUGGUGUUUGCUACCAAUUUUGAGGAAUUUUUGCACAUCCUGGACCAGACCCUGUCUCUUCUGCAACAAGCAGGCUUUAAGGUGUCAUUGGAGAAAUGCACCUUUGCUGUGGAGUCACUCAAGUUCUUGGGCUUCAUACUGUCUAAAGAUGGCAAGUUACCCAACCCGGCAAAGGUUGAAGCUAUAGCCAAGAUGCCUACACCCGCCACAACUAAAGCAGUGCUUUCUUGGCUGCAAACCCCGAGUUUCUACCGGAAGUUCAUAAAAAAACUUUGCCCAGAUAGCACAGCCCUUGCAGGCCAUGAUGAAAAGUGGUGUCUACGAGUGGUCCCCCGCUUGUGA